GUGGUAGAGAGCAGCUGGUUGCGUUAAAACCACCAUCGAAGAAGAGAUAUAAACUUUAAUUUGAAAAUGGCGUCCGCCGUGAGCCGUGAUGUUUCUGAAAAUAAACGCAAGCUAGAUGAAGAUGAAGAUGAAGGCGGAUGGGUCGGGCCGCUGCCCAGUGAGGCCACACAAACAAAAAAGAAGAAAGUUCUGGAGUAUGAAAGAUUGUACCUGGACAAUUUACCCUCUGCCUCCAUGUAUGAGAGAAGUUACAUGCACAGGGAUGUUAUUACACACAUUGUUUGCUCCAAAACAGAUUUUAUCAUAACAGCGAGUCAAGAUGGGCAUGUGAAAUUCUGGAAGAAGAAAGAGGAUGAAGGAGUGGAGUUUGUCAAGCACUUCCGCAGCCAUUUGGGUGUGAUGGAGUGUAUCUCCGUCAGUGCGGAGGGAGCGCUUUUCUGCUCUGUGGGUGAUGAUCAGGCCAUGAAAGUUUUUGAUGUCGUUAACUUCGACAUGAUCAACAUGCUCAAACUCGGCUUUCAUCCAGGCCAGUGCGAGUGGAUCUAUAAUCCGGGAGACGCCAUCUCCACCGUAGCCUGUUCGGAGAAAUCGACUGGGAAGAUUUUUGUAUACGACGGACGGGGAAGUAAUCAGCCCCUGCACACGUUUGCAAAGAUGCACACCACGCCACUGUCUCAGAUCCGCCUGAAUCCCAAGUAUCGCGUCAUAGUGUCGGCUGAUAAAGCGGGAAUGUUGGAAUACUGGACGGGGCUCCCGAGCGAAUUCAAAUUUCCACGGCAGGUGGAGUGGGAGUUCAAGACCGACACGGACUUGUACGAGUUUGCCAAAUGCAGAACGUAUCCCACCAGCCUGGCGUUCUCCCAAGACGGCAAGAAAAUGGCCACCAUCGCCACUGACCGCAAAGUCCGGAUUUUCCGUUUCCUCACUGGGAAGCUGAUGAGAGUGUUUGAUGAAUCAUUAACCAUGUUCACGGAGCUCCAGCAGAUGAGGCAGCAGUUGCCUGAUAUGGAGUUUGGCCGCAGGAUGGCGGUGGAGCGAGAGCUGGAGAAGGUGGACGGCAUCCGACUGACCAACAUCAUCUUCGACGAGACCGGACACUUUGUGCUUUACGGCACUAUGCUGGGCAUUAAAGUCAUAAACGUGGAGACUAACAGGUGUGUGCGGAUCCUGGGCAAACAGGAGAACAUCCGUGUGGUGCAGCUGAGUCUGUUUCAGGGAAUAGCCAAGGCCAUGCAGGCCGCACCAACCAUUGAGAUGAAGGCCUCUGAGAACCCAGCGCUGCAGAGCACUGAUCCAGACCCCACCAUCUUCUGCACCGCCUUCAAGAAGAACCGCUUCUACAUGUUCACCAAGAGAGAGCCGGAGGACACCAAGAGUGCUGAUUCUGACCGUGACAUCUUUAAUGAGAAGCCGUCUAAAGAGGAAGUGAUGGCAGCCACACAAGCAGAAGGGCCGAAAAGAGUGUCAGACAGCGCCAUCAUUCACACCACAAUGGGCGACAUCCAUAUCAAGCUCUUUCCUGUGGAAUGCCCCAAAACUGUGGAGAACUUCUGCGUCCACAGUAGGAACGGUUAUUACAAUGGCCACAUAUGUCAUCGUGUCAUCAAGGGCUUCAUGAUCCAGACCGGAGACCCCACAGGCACAGGGAUGGGUGGAGAGAGCAUCUGGGGGGGAGAGUUUGAGGACGAGUUUCAUGCCACACUGAGACACGACAGACCCUACACCCUCAGCAUGGCCAACGCAGGCCCGGGAACCAACGGAUCGCAAUUUUUCAUCACUGUCGUCCCAACUCACAUGAGCGGCCCCGGCUGGCAUCCAUCUUCCAGGCAGACAAACUCAAUGGUGUGCACCUGGUGCUGUGGACAGAGCAUCUUCUCAUGGGGCUUGUCUGCCAGCGGCACACGCCGGUGUUUGGUCAGUGUUCGGGUGGAGUGGGUGAGCUGGGAGCACUCGGCACACAGGUGUGUGGCACAAACCGUGCAGUACAUAGAAGCAGUGUGA